UGCAACUAACCAGAAUGACGUUGACGGUUUCUGCUCUUUCCUGCUGCUAUUGCUGCUGAGGCGGCUGAGUCACUGUGUCGCUGCUGCUGCUGUUGUUACGACGAUAAUCGUUGUCGUCUGUGUCAGUGUGCUGCUUGCGGUGGUGGACUGCUGCUGCCGCUAUUCGUUACGCAUGUUCCGUUCGCUGUCAUCGUUUAACUGACUGUGCUUUGUCCGCCCGUUUGCUGGUAGCUGCUGUCUGUACCGGCAGUAGUGGCACUAGAACUGUUAUGCCUCCGACUUUUCCCUCAUCCACCCAUUGGCGCUGUUAGCUGCAAGUGCUGGAGGUCAGUGUUGGUGUUGUUAUCGAUAUGGUGCGUGUGAUAAAGAUAUCAGUUGGUUUGUGGUAGUAGCAGCAGCGGCAGGUCUCGAUUGAGGGUGUGUGCGUACGCUCAUGUAGAGUUGCCGGACUUGGGUUGUGUCUUUCAGGCCGUCUGCGUAUCUGUCCGUCUCUCUUUUUCAGCGGUGCCGUCGAUCUCUAGCGGAUUUGUUCGUUUUGCUGCUAUUCCUCCCCGUUAAAAGUUGUCGUCGUUUUGUGAUUCGUCACGUUGCGUUCCAUCCCCUCCCCCCUUCGCCCCAUCGUGUAUGCAGCUUCGAUCAGCUUAUGGGCGGUGCAACUAUUACCACAGUAUACAGAUAAAUAGACACGCGAAGAGUGUGUAAGAAAGCGGGGAGAGCUACUGGUUGUACUAGCAAUAGCAACUGGCGUCAACGACUAACUCCAGUAUAACAGUACCAAGUAGUUUUUGUGUUACGUCGUUUGCCAGUGUGUGUGCGUGUGUCUGCGUUCACCAAUGCCUGUGCGUCUCAGUUCGCGUUGACAGCAAUCUAAAAUUUCGUCUCGGUGCAAAUUCGCCUUCUGUUGCUCUUCUUUUGCAGCCGGAUUAUUACUAACUGAUACGACCACGACAGGUGAGGACAAGGCGAGUCUUCUCCUGCAGUAUUGCACUGCUAAUGUACGUUUUUUUACGGAACGAAUCGUGGCACAACGGCCAGCCAUCUUAAGUCUUGUGUCUUGAGACAGUGGACCCAGAUACUGGCGCUCUUUCGAGUGAAGUUGAUGGUCGUCCCUAAACGACCAGCAAGUUGAGGCUACCUUUCGCAAAUAUAGAGAAAUUACUACAUACGAUCACCGUUGCGCCGAGGUAGUGGUUGCUGUUUCUAUCACAUUUUUGAUUAUAGCAACUUGUGCACUGUACCCUAGUGUGUGUGCGUGAGUGUCUCCUUAAUACCAGCUUCUCAACAAGCAUUGUAAUCAACUAGCCAUGUCUUCAGACGCUGCGCCCCCAUCGGAGGCGACGAAGCGGCUCGUUUCGAAAAAGCAAACGCUUGACGAUGCAUAUGCGGCCCCAGCCAACUUCCUCGAGAUUGACGUCAGCAAUCCAAUCACGCACGGGGUCGCCCGAAAGCGCUACACCGACUACGAAGUCCGCAUGAAGACAAACUUGCCAGUAUUUAAACUAAAAGAAUCUGUCGUUCGUCGCCGAUACAGUGAUUUCGAAUGGCUCAGAUCAGAGCUUGAACGGGACAGCAAGAUUGUUGUGCCACCACUACCCUCCAAGGCGUGGAAGCGUCAGCUCCCCUUUCGUCAGGAUGAAGGCCUCUUUGAGGACGAAUUCAUUGAAGAGCGGCGGCGGUCCCUUGAAACGUUCAUCAAUAAGGUCGCUGGUCAUCCAUUGGCGCAGAAUGAGCGAUGUCUCCAUAUGUUCUUGCAGGAACCAGUAAUCGAUAGGAAUUACGUCCCGGGAAAGAUCCGAAACACAUAAUUAGGAUUUUUUGCACAACCCCGUCGCAUAGACACAGUAACUAAAAACGAAUUAGUACUAAGUGGGAAAAACAGAAUAUAACAGAGAAAUUCGCAAGAAGUGACUAAUACUACGGAAUGUACGAAGACAAACGCAAGCCUGGGGUCUAUUUUCUAUAUAUAUAUAUAUAAUGCAUGGUAUUGUAAUGAAUUGUUAUUCCUAUCCGUGCGAAUACAGCGUCAUUUGCUUAACAAGUGCUGUUUAAUUGCAAUAUCAAACAUUUCUCAUUUCUUUUAGAGGUUCAUCGCUUUGCGACGAAAGAGACCCUCUAUGGCACAUAUCGUCGUUCCUUGAUCUAUCGUUUAUGUCUCGGCAACCACAAUUCCGAAAUAAACGAGUCACCCAUGAUAAAAAAGAUAAAAUAAAAGAACAGCUGUAGCAGGAAAAACUUUACAUUCACAAUAGCGAUAUUUUAUUCUUCAUAGGAAGUUUAAUUCAUAGCCUUUCAAAAAUAGUUAUAACUGACACAUAAAUAAACCUGACGUUAAUGAAAGGGGUAAGCUCAACUUCCAGAAAGUGGUAUUGUGUCUUAUUGUCUUAUAGCGUCUUAUUUCAGUUUUAUUUUGGUAAUGAUAAUUACGAUGAUGAUGGUUAUUAUUAUCAAGAUUGUAGUGAUGGCAGUUUCAUUAUGGCACCACUCAUAGUCAAGUGAACUAAAAAUGUAGACUGUCCAAAGUGAACAUGACUGAGAUAUUGCGACAAGGGCCCGCACGGGCUAAAACAGAUACCUUACGGAGUUUGGCAAGCAUGAACGAGUUCCACGAAGAAAACCACUUCAAAAACGGUAUAUGAGGAUUAUGUCUGAAAAAGCACAAUAUAAAAGACGAGAGCUCACUGGAAAACGAGUGUUACAUCUUCUGGUCGGUCCGUAGCCCAAUCACACACAGUUUACGGAACAUGGCAUAAUGAUACACAAAAGAGAAAAUAAUAAAGAAAGAUUUUUCUCCUAAUCGUGGAGUACCAACGAGCUCCCAGUAGGGAUUGCACUUAUCGUCAAGCCAAGUGAUGUAAGGAGCUUCCGGCGGAAUACAACCAGUGGAAUACAUAUAGAACGACUUGUUGUACAACUCAUUUUCUAGGGUGGUAAGCACGCUAUAAGACAGCUGCUUUAGUAUAAGACAAUGUCAGGUCCUUUACGAGAUGCUGCAGCGAUUGACAUUUAUCUUUUUUCGAUCAUACAUCUAUAAACCUCCUCGGUUCACGUCAUUACUAAUUCCUCUCUCUCUCAUAUUCUUAGCAGAAAAACGGCAAUGCCAAAAAACCAUUGGUUUUCUAAACAUCAAGUUUUCGUUAUGUCUAUCCCUAUAUAUACAUAUAUAUGCAAAUCUUAGAAUGAAGAAAAGCAGAGCUUUAAUGCAAGUCUGGUGACACACUGCAUCACCUGAAGUUUACAACUUAGGUCGCUGAAUUCUGUUUGGUACGGACGACAAUGGACUGUAAGAUUAAUACGGGAGGACGGAUAUUGCUUGCAAACCUUCUUAAGUAGAUAUCGAUAUAACCAUUUGUGGAAAAAUUACCACGAGAUGUCGGGCCCGGGUGUUUCCACACCGUAAAAACAAAUCACAAUGAGAUCAAGAGAGAACAGCACGGGCUGCCUUUUCCAAUGGCAGGCAAACAACUGCCUUUUGUCAGUAGUGUGUAACGUCUUAGACUGUACAGUUUAAAGCUCUGCGUGAAGUAUAUUUCUGACUGCAAACUUUUAAUUAUACGACUUACAUUAGUUUACAAAACUGGUGCCAUCAUGGCUAUCAUUGCGAUAUAAUUGGACAUAAGAAACUGCAACCGCUUGAUAUCAGUGGAUAUAUAUAGUAAAUUAAUAAAGUGAGACUAAUUGAAAAAAGCAUAA